AACAGUUUGGAAACAUUACUUACUGCAAUGCAUCACUGUUUCUAGUUUUAAAAGUUUAACAAAAUGAAUAUCACAAUUAUAUCAGUUUUGCUAAGAUUUGUUUAGUAAAAAGAAGUUACAAUAAUUUUAAAAUGUUUUUUAAGUUAUAUAUAAAAAUUUUCAGGGUGUUUUUAUAUGGCGAGUGCCAUCAGUAAAUCGUCUUUGGUGUUUGGCAAACAAUCUCUUCCUCGAAUCGGUGCUAUUUCUGCCUCUUUUUUGAGAACUAAAUCAAACUUGAAUGACGAACGAGCGAAGUGUGGCGAAAAUAAGUACAGCACAAGGCCUUUGGCUGGAGAAAUUAUAAAACCCGACGAUGUUGACGAAAAGAUCACCAAUGAAGUAAUAGAGGCUGUGAAUAAUCAAAUCCAGACCGGCACAACUGGUCGGCUGUUUGCUGUAGUCCAGUUGGCUGCGAGACAGUACAAAAUAACUGAAAAUGAUCUCGUUCUGUUGACUGGAAAUAAUCCGAUGGCCAUUGGCGACAGAAUAGUGCUGGAAAAGAUUUUGUUACUUGGAAGUAAAGAUUUUACAUUAGUCGGACAUCCUUUACUUAGUAAAGACCAGAUAAGAAUAGAAGCGACCGUCAUUGAAAAGACAUUGUCUCCCGUGGUAACGUUGUUUAAGAUGAAACGUAGAAAAGAAUACAGAAGAAUGAAAUUUUUUAGGAUCCCUCAGACAGUUUUGAGGAUUAAUAGCAUUAGUUUAAAAGAACUUUCGAAGCCUGACGUGGAAGGAGUUGAAGGAAGAAUAUUUUAGAACAUAAAUCUGUAGAAUUUGUGGAAUUUAAUCUGUAAAUAAUUUAUUAAAAAAUAAUUCACGAAAGCUUAAUUUUUAUACAAAAAAUAAUCUGAAUAGUUAUUUUUAAUUUGUCCAAAUU